UCGAUACAUGAAUGAAAAUUUUUUGUUUUGUUUUAUUGGAAAUUAUUUUUUAUAAAUUACGGUUAUACGUUAGGCACUGGUAGUGUUCAUAACAAUUGAUGUAGUAAAAAUACUUUGGAAUCAAUUUUUUAUGGAUUUCUUGUCAUGAAAGAAAUUAUUGGUUUUUUCUGCUUAAACUAAGGUAAUCAGUUAACUCGUACCUAACCAUGAGUCAAACACCCCCCAUCAUGGCGGAAAGUGAUUCCGAUAGAAGUCCAACAAACGAGGAAAAACAAUUCAAUUUUGGCCCGAGAGUAGUGUCCAUCUAUAAAACAGAUACAGGAUUUGGUUUUAAUGUUCGAGGACAAGUUAGUGAGGGUGGUACUUUCAAAAGUAUUAAUGGUGAGCUGUACGCACCCCUUCAACAUGUUAGUGCUGUAUUAGAAGGGGGAGCAGCUGAAAAGGCUGGUAUUCGAAAAGGGGAUCGUAUCCUGGAAGUGAAUGGUGUUAAUGUAGAAGGUGCAACUCACAAGCAAGUAGUUGAUCUCAUCAAGUCAGGAGGAGAAAAGUUAACUUUGACUGUCAUCUCUGUGACUCCACAAGAAGCUGAAAAACUUGAGCCAAGUGAUGACUCUUCAAGUUACUCCUAUAUUGACUACAGUGAAAAACGUUCCCUUCCAAUCUCUGUUCCUGAUUAUAAUUGGGUUGAAAAGGAUUCUGAUAGAUUUGUUGUGUACAAUAUUUAUAUGGCUGGUCGGCAUUUAUGUUCCAGACGUUAUAGGGAAUUCUCAAACCUUAAUAAUAAUUUAAAAAGAGAAUUUCCAGAUUUUAAUUUUCCAAAGCUGCCUGGAAAAUGGCCUUUCACUUUGUCAGAGCAACAGCUAGAUGCUCGAAGGAGAGGGCUAGAACAAUAUCUAGAAAAAGUUUGUGCUGUUCGAGUCAUAGCAGAGAAUGAUGUUAUGCAGGAAUUCCUCACAGAUUUGGAUGAAGAACAUGGAGGCAGUUCUGUAGCUGUUGACUUGAAAGUCCUACUGCCAGACAGAAAUAUUGUAGUUGUCAAUGUCCAGAAAAAUAGUACAACAAAUGAUGUUUACCAGGCAGUUGUAGAAAAAUUGAAUAUACCUCCUGAUAUUUCAAAAUACUUUGCUUUGUUUGAAAUUGUGGAAUAUGGCUUUGAGCGUAAACUUCAGACCAAUGAAUUUCCUCAUAACCUGUAUAUUCAGAACUAUAGCACAGCAACGUCAACUUGCUUAGUAAUCCGUAAGUGGUUUUUUUCCCUGAGCAAGGAAAUAGAACUUAGUAAAGAGGACACAAUUGCUAGCACUUUCUUCUUCUGGCAGGCUAUAGAUGAUGUAAACAAAGGCCAGAUUAAACCUGGAAAUAAGUUGUAUGAGCUCAAAGCUUUACAAGAUGCAUCCAGGAAAGCUGAGUAUUUGAAAUUGGUGCGAUCUUUGGAUGGUUAUGGAGAGCUGUCUUUCCCACAUUGUGCCUGUGAUGCAAGGAAGGAAGGUCAUGUUGUUGCAACAAUUGGGCUGGGCAGCUUAAAGCUUCAAGCAUGUAAAGAAGAUGGUACAUUGGAGUCGCAAGUAAUUGAAUUCAGGUGGGACAGCAUUAAAGAAUGGGAAGUAGAUGAAGAAGGAAUGGCUUUUGGAUUUCAGUACUGUCGACCUGACAAGAAGCCACGUUGGAUUAAGAUAUAUACACCUUAUUAUAUUUUCAUGUUUGAAUGUUUUGAAAGAGUACAAGAAGAAAGAAGCUGGGAAGAUGCUUCAAGAAGCAUCUUUCCUAGUAAACUUGAGUGAUGGAAAGAAUCAGAAGAAAGUGAUACACUUUAUGUUGUGAAUAACAGAGAAACCAAAUGUGUAACAUAAUUACAACUGAGAUGAAGAAAAGCUCAGAAGUUUAUAAAAUAAAACUGAAGCAUUCCUCAUGUAGAUAAACCUGGCAUGAUGAGCUGUUGAACCUUUGUGCCAUUGCUGUCAGAGAUCCAUUUACAGUUGUAGAGUUAGUAAAGUCCAUUCACAUUCACUGAUGGAUAAUUCCCAAUUUAUUGGUUUACACAAAUGCAAAUUGUCAAACUAAUGCUCUUUUUGCUUGCUUCAUAUUAUGUUUUACUUAUAUGAAUGGCAGGCUUAGGAAAAAGUAAAUAGGUCCUUAAAUCUAAAUAAGCAAAAAAAAAAAAGCAGACAUCACAGACAUUACUUAGUAAAGCAUGGUAUGUUGUUCAAAUGAUUCCAUUAAAGUUUUCAUAGAAAGUUAUGCAAAAUAAUUUUUUUCUGAAAUAUGUCAGAAGUUCAAGUAGAAAACAUUUCAAAUAAUGGUGAGUUCUUUCCCAGAAAUUAUUUUUUUCCCUUCAGAUAUUUUUGAUAGUCAAUAAGAUUACUGUUAUAGCAGAGAAAUCAUUUAAUGGUAACCCUUAAAGAAAGGAUAGUCUUUAGCAGUGAAAUAUAUAAUGACUAUUAAUUUUUGAAGAUAAUAAUGUAAUAAAACCAAAACUAAUUGUGUCAUUAAUAAGACAUUGGAUUUAUUAAAAAUUAUCUUUAUUGUUAAAAGGACAAGGAUUUCCUGGGUUUCAGACAUUUUAGUUGUUGUAUAAUCAAGAUAUUAGUGUUUAUGUGAUAAUUUAUCAGAUUAUAGCUAAUUUUAUUGUACAAUGUUAGUGUCUUCAUAUUAGUACUCAUAUACAGUUUUGUUAAAAACUGCAUUUCUCAGCAUAAUACUAAAAAUGGAACAUUUAAUUUACAAACUUUUUUGUAUAAACUGCUUUAAUGGGAUUUUUUAAAGCAUACUAUGAAUAAUUUACAGAAAAAGUCAAGUACUUGGAAAAUAUUGUUAAUAAAAACAUUUGGUUUUCAAAUUUCUAUGUUUAUGUUCAUAAUGCUUAUAUGUUUUACUAUUGCAAUUUAGUUAGGCCUUAGAAAAAGAAACAUUAUCAAAUAAUAAAUAUGGAAGAAAGAUUUUGUGUGAGUGUAUGUUUGUGUCUGUGUAUGUGUGUGUGUUUUAUUGUAAAUCUUAAAGUGCCUGAAAUAUUUCCAAGGCUAAAAAAAAGAUACUAACAUGUAUUUAACAUAUUUUUUAUUUGAGACUGAACAAUAAAUAUAAAUUUAGUGCUAUAAUUACUACACAUUGUGUUUUAACCAAAUAAGAAGUUAGUUUAUUGAAAAUGGUAAAACAAAUUGAAAAUAAUAUUCAAGUUAACUUAAUUUUUGGGUAACUAUAAUAUUGAAUAUUUAUAAUUUGUAUGUGUGUGUAUGUAUAUAUAUAUAUAUAUAUAUCCUUGCAAAGCUGAAUUUUGCUGCUUUUAAUUGUUUGUAGAAAAAUAUUUAGGAAAUUAGUUCUAUCAGUGACUAUGUUAUUAUGGAUUUAUGAACAAGGGACCUCAAAAUAAAUCGUGAAAAGAGCUAUUUGUGUUUAAUCAAAUCCCUUGCAUAUUUCAUUUGUCAAUGAUUCAUAUUGUUUGUGAAACAUCAGUUAGAUACUGAUUCUAUAGUAUGUUAUUGUUGUUAUUAUUUUAUGUAUUUAAAUCUUAAGAAAUUUUAAUUCACAAAUGUUUGUCACCUAACAUUUUCAAAACUAACAUUUUUGUGUCAGAGUGCAUCAAGAGUAAUAAACAGAUACAAAACAUCCCUAUACAUGCUUUCUUUUUGAACUCUGUUAAUUUUGCCUAAACAGACAAGUAGUGAAAACAAGUGUAUUAAACAGUACCCUCCAGUUAAAACUGAUUUAUUUUUUGUGGAAAUUCGAUCAUUAUAAAAUGUACUUUAGUUGCUUAAUAAGUGCUUCUGUUUCAUUAAAUAUAUAUAUAUACUGUUGACAAAACUAAUUUUCAAGAAAUUUUACUCUAAAGAAAGAAAAACAUAGAAUAUUUUUGUUUGCUGUAUUUUCAGCUGUCAGUUUUAACAGUCAUCAUAGUUUAUGUAAAUAAAUUGUGUUAUUAUCUGUUUAUCGUACUUUUUUCCCACACAUAGAAAUUUUAAUUGGUACAUUAAAGCUCACAUAUGCUGUAACAUUUUUACAUUAGAGAAAUAUUCCCCUUCUUUUGUUUUAUUAGUUCCUUAAAAUGUUUGAUACUUUCACUAUUACAAAUGUAAGGUUAACUGGGCAUUUAAAAAAGAUACUAUUUUAGAGAGAUUACUUUCACUUAAGUCUUAAAUACUGAAAACUCUUAAAUUAGAAGUUCAUUUGAGGUACUUUUAUUUUUUUUAAUGCUUUUAUAGCUUUACAGUUGGUGACAUUUUAAAUCAUCAUAUAGCAAAGCUUUUGAAAUAGACUCACUCCAGUUUAAUCUAGUAAGUUUACAAGAUAUAUCAGAAGUUUAUCCUGUCAACUGAAAAAUUGUAAACUCAUUAAAAUAGUUAAAAGGAGUAUCUUAUAUUUAGAACUUUAGGUAUAUUAAGUAUUUAUACUUUGAUUUCUGGCUCUGACACUUGUUGUAAUGUUGUUCCACACUGUUGUUUUAAGAGAAAUGUUUAUCUGAAACCAAAAAGUUGUUGGCAAUCUCAGCUUAAGUCUGUAGGUUGUUUUGAGCAACACUUAGUUUUGUUUAACCACUUUAACACACAAAUGAAACAUUGCAAAAAUGUAUAUAGUAAAGAAACAUUGCAAAAAUAUUUUGCAUAUUUGUAAAAUAUGCAAAAUACACAUAGUAAUUUCUCUACUUUCAUUUCCUUUGUCAAAGAUAUUUCUGUAAAUACCUCUGAAUAAAUUAGAGAUCAAACCUGUUUUAAGUCAUUACACAAAACAAAACUUCAGAUAAUGUAAGUUGGUAGUUGGUGCACAGUUGUAAAACUCUCAUUGACAUGUAACAUUGCAAUGAAAAUGUUAGUUUGAAUAAAGAUUUCUUGUAUGUUUCUUAA